CAUAGACAUGGCAGACUAGAACUCCACCCCCUACUCCCCAGUUCAGUAGAUUUUCAUUUGUGUGAGAGAUUCAUCUAGCGUGUUUCUCCGCUUCGACACGGAACCGACAUUUAAAACCGAAAACUAUAUCAGACAUCCGUUAGUGCUAUUGCUGUUGAGAAGUCUCGCGCUGUGUCCCAACAGCAAGAGAGUAAACUGCUGUGAAAAAAUCCAUCAUGAACUGGGCAUUUCUGCAGGGUCUCCUCAGUGGAGUGAACAAAUAUUCCACAGCCUUUGGCCGUGUAUGGCUCUCCGUCGUCUUCCUCUUCAGGGUCAUGGUGUUUGUGGUGGCAGCAGAGAAGGUUUGGGGGGAUGAGCAAAAGGACUUUAAAUGCAACACGGCUCAGCCUGGCUGUCACAACGUCUGCUAUGACCACUUCUUCCCCGUGUCUCAUGUGCGUCUGUGGGCUCUGCAGCUCAUCUUUGUCACCUGCCCAUCACUGCUAGUGGUCAUGCAUGUGGCCUACAGAGAGGAUAGAGAGCGUAAAAACAGAGAGAAAUAUGGAGAGAACUGCCGCAAACUUUACCAGAACACCGGGAAGAAGCGUGGUGGCCUUUGGUGGACUUAUGUUCUAACCCUUGUUUUUAAAAUAGGAGUGGAUGCCACCUUUGUGUACCUCCUCUACCACAUCUACGAGGGCUACGACUUCCCUAACCUCAUAAAGUGCAAACAGGCCCCCUGUCCAAACACAGUGGACUGCUUCAUUGCACGUCCCACAGAAAAGAGAAUCUUCACCAUUUUCAUGGUGGCCACCAGCCUGGCAUGUAUCGUCCUCUCAGUAUUUGAAAUCCUCUAUCUAGUGGGCAAACGCUUUCGAGAAUGCUUCACUGGACAGAAACGCUCUCGACGUGCCUUGACAGACACCAUUUCCAGUGGAAGCACUCUUAUGGAGGGCAACAAUUUAAAAUCUCCCACUCCAAAGACCCCUGUUCCUUCAUACAACAUGGAAAUGGCUAAUGACAAUAUUUUAAAAGGAAAGUACAUUGUAAUAAACUAGAAGAACUCUAAAAGGCUGUUGUCUUCCAAACUACAAAGGAGGAAGGUCCUUCCUGUGCUGAGACAAUGAACUGGAACAUUUGAACAGCAAGAGCAGUGGCGCCAUGCAAUAAAUGUUGUGCUUGGCACACUGUCUAAUAACUCAGGAAUGCUGUAUAUUACUGUUUUGUAUCAUCAAAAUACAAAGUCAGUUUGAAUUCAGAUCCUUUACUUGACUCAGACUUUGUACAAACAAAAUGUGGUUUUCUGUAUAAGAUAUUCCCUUCCUUUGGUGCCCACCAUCCAGACGUUUUAGACUCCACCGUGGCGCUUUGCUCUGAGGACAGUGAGAAGUUGCUCUUGUAUAUAUUGUCAUUUAAUUAACAUAAUUUAAACCAGAAAGGUUGUGCUGCUAUACAAGUUGUGGUAUAAAUGUUUAAACAGGUAGAAAAGAGAGAGUGAUGAGGUUGCAGAGUACUUUUAUAAACACAUUUGUUCAUGUUGUAUAUAUUGGACGCAACAGAAAUGCAAGCCUAGAUGUGCUUGUAACUAUUUUGUUUAAAUAAACAUUUUUGUAAAGAUUUGUGUUGUUGGAGAUAAUUAAAUGUGAAUACAAUCCUAAAAAACAGAA